UUCAUCAAAGAAUGUGUGGUAAUUCAAUAUUGAUUCCAAGCUAGGACAAAUGUGUUGCUUUCCAUCGCAAUUCUUACAACCUGAUCAAUAAAGAAAUCAGCAGCAGAUGCAAGAUUUGUCUCAUUAACCUCACAAUGUCCAAACCCUAUUGAUCAUUACAAGAACACCUUGUAAUAUAACCUUCUGCACAGUGUUUCCAGCUAAAGAAUACAGCCAUACCAAUCGAUAAAAUCUGUGCUUACUCUCCAGCUCCAUGUCCAAGAUUAACAAAUUAGGACUCUUGGUUCCCAUGGAGGCAACGAAAUCCAGCUCAGAUCAUCUUUAUCUCCCUCCUGGUUUUCGAUUUCACCCUUCCGACGAGGAGCUCAUAGUCCAUUACUUGAAGAACAAAGUCACCUCGAGUCCUCUUCCAGCUUCUAUCAUUGCAGAUAUUGAUCUUUACAAGUACAAUCCAUGGGAGCUACCAACAAAAGCUUUGUAUGGAGAGGAUGGAUGGUAUUUUUUCUCUCCAAGGGAUAGGAAAUAUCCCAAUGGAGCAAGGCCUAAUAGAGCGGCUGCUUCAGGUUACUGGAAGGCAACGGGGACAGAUAAACCGAUCUUCAGUUCCUGUGGAACGAAGAGCGUUGGAGUCAAGAAAGCUCUUGUCUUCUACAAAGGACGUCCCCCGAAAGGGCUCAAGACUGACUGGAUCAUGCAUGAGUAUAGGCUGCUUGAUUCCAUGGCGCCUUGGACGCCCAAGCGAAAAGGGUCUAUGAGGUUGGAUGAUUGGGUGCUGUGUCGAGUUAGGCAGAAGAGCAGCAUAUCUUUGAGUACUUGGGAAGAUCGAAGCAAUCAGAAAUGUGCACCGGAAGCAGAAUAUAUUUGCAAAGAAAGUGAACCAUGUUCUAUGAAUAUGAAUCCUAACAUCAAGAUUGCCCAGAAUUGUCCGAUGUUACCUUACAUCUUCGCCUCUCAGGAUCUUCCUUGCUUCGAAGCUGCAGCCUCAAGCAUAAGCUUCCAGAGUAGCAAUAAUAAUACAUCUUGUGCUUCACCCUCUAAUAAUAACAACUUGCAGUUUUCAAUAUCUUCUCUUGAGAGCUUCUUUGACCCGCUAAAAAGAAGGCUUGUGGAGGGAUAUCGAAGCGAGAUUUUCGUCCCGCCGAGUAAGAAGAUCGCAAGCAGAGAUACUGCAAAGGAGGAAGCUGUAAUAUCCAUUAGUAAUGGUGCCACUGACAUGAAUUCAUUUGGGAUGGGGCAGUUUGAGGAUAAAGACUUCAGUCAAGAACAAUGGAAUUCCAUCAAUAUGCAAUAUCCCGAGUUAAGUCAAUUAGCCUUCACAAGAAGUACUUAGAUUCCUGGAGAAGUACAGUUAUGUGCAAAUAAUAGGGAUUUCGCCAUGCUUGUCCACUGUAAAUAAAGAGACAUGCCACCAACAUUGAAAGUACACAGAUAGCGAAAUGGUAGCAGUUCAAGGCGGUAGGGGCAGUACAGAUAUGGUGAAUCAUUUCAUCAUGAUUAGUGUGUAUUUUAUUAGGGUUUGUUGAGGAGAAUGAGCCACUUAAUCCCAUCCAUGUAUCUAUUGCCUUGUUAUGUGUAUAUAUAUAUACAAAUGCACAAAACGGUCAAAGAAACAGGAGUUUAUGUCAAAAGAUUCUGGGUUUUUCUUUUUUUUUUUUCCCCUUUCCAUUUCUCUAUAAAUUGACAUGCUUUCAGCAGUUCUGGUUAUGAUGUAAGAGUUCUUCGUCUUAUUCAGAUCAGACUUUUAAAUUCGUUCUUUUUAACGGACAUGGC